CUUUUUUAGCAAUUCCUCUCUCAUCGAUAUUUGAAACCCUGCCUCUGUUCCAGCGUAACUCCAAACCCUAGGGACUCUAACCAUUCGCAUAUCUCUCGUUAGAUCUCAAAACCAAGCUUUCAUGGGUUCCAGAACAGGCAGUGAUAACGACGGCGCUAGCCCUGGGAAAAUAUUUAUCGGAGGCUUAGCUAAGGAUACGACUCUCGAGACGUUCACCAAGUAUUUUGAAAAAUAUGGGGAGAUAACCAAUUUUGUUAUAAUGAAAGAUUGGCAUACGGGUCGGCCCCGUGGUUUCGGGUUCCUUACCUUUGCGGAUCCAUCUGUUGUUGACACUGUUAUGCAAGAGGACCAUGUUAUUAAUGGCAAACAAGUGAGCUUAAGCUUUGACCAUUUCGUGUUUUAA